AAUAUCAGCCAAAGCGAAACCAGCAAACUACUUGAAAACUCGCAGUCGCUUGUGUCGCUUCGACACGCACGCAUCAUAGUUAUCUCAUUUAGUUACAAAUAACAACCAUGGAGUACAAAGCAUUGUGCUUUGUACUUUUUGUGGUCGUUGCUCAUGCAGCAACUACUGAUAAGAAAAAUAUUAAAUCGCCGGAUUGGAGCAACACAUAUACGGUGAAGGGCACAUUGUACAUCCCCUACGCUGAAAUUGAAGAACCCUUCUACGCGUGGUAUGAUUCCGCCGCAAAACAAUCGAGAAUCGAUUACUAUGGCGGUAUGGUCAAGACCUACCAACUCGGUAACGGCGGCAAAUACGGCACCAGCUUGAAAAUUGCACCUGUAACCACAGAGUCCUUGCUCAACUCGCAAACUUGUUUGCAAGUCAAUGGCACCGAAGAUGCAAGUAUUGAGCCGCAGGCAAUUUUACCAUCGCUCAUCGGUUUCGAAUGCGUCGGUGAAGAAAUGAUCGACGGAGUCAAGACAGAAAAAUGGCAGUUAACGCAAACCAUCGGCCAGAAAGUCAACAAAUAUACUAUGUGGAUGAAAUGGCGCAACGAGCAAGAAAAGACUGAAGCUAAAUACGCUGUUCCAGUCAGGUACGAAAUGAAGGGUUUCAACUCAUUGUUGGGAUCUCAUUAUGACCACUACUAUUUGCAAUACGAUUACUACGAUGUAAACGAUAUCGAUCCGGAUACCUUCGCCGUAGAUCCCAACUUGCAGUGUAGCGGGUUCCCAGGUCCUGGCGAUCGUCACGUGUACACGUUCAACCCGAUGCGAGAAUUUAUCCACCCUGCUUCAACUUCACACGUUGACUUCGAGUUUGGCAAGUUUAUGAAAAAGCAUCAGAAAAAUUACCAGUCCGAGAAGGAACACCAUCGUCGCAUGGAAGUAUUCCGUCAAAAUAUUCGCUUCAUCCAUUCUACAAACCGCCAACGCGUUGGUUACACAUUGAGUGUCAACCAUCUUGCCGACCGUACCGAUUUGGAAUUGAAGGCGUUGCGCGGUAGAAGAUAUUCAGGUGUCUACAACGGUGGUAAACCCUUCCCCUACAAAAACGCAAAGGGUGAAACUGUACCAGAACAAUAUGACUGGCGGAUUUAUGGUGCCGUUACUCCAGUUAAGGAUCAAUCCGUUUGCGGUUCCUGUUGGUCGUUUGGUACCAUCGGCGCGAUUGAAGGUGCAAACUUCUUGAAGACUGGUCAAUUGAUGAGGUUGUCUCAACAAGCACUUAUUGAUUGCUCAUGGGGUUAUGGUAACAAUGGUUGUGAUGGUGGCGAGGACUUCCGCGCUUACCAAUGGAUGUUAAAACACGGCGGCAUCCCAACUGAAGAAGAGUACGGACCCUACUUGGGACAGGACGGCUACUGUCACGCCAAUAACGUAUCUCUGGUUGCUAAAAUCAAUGGAUGGGUUAAUGUCACAUCGGGAGAUGAAGAUGCUCUGCGCUUGGCAAUUUUCAAACAUGGCCCAAUCAGCGUUGCAAUUGACGCCAGCCAUAGAACUUUCAGUUUCUACUCUAAUGGUGUUUAUUAUGAACCGACCUGUGGCAAUAAGGUAGAUGAAUUGGAUCAUGCUGUACUGGCUGUCGGCUAUGGAACACUCAAUGGAAAGGACUACUGGUUGAUCAAGAACAGUUGGAGUAACUAUUGGGGCAAUGAUGGAUAUGUACUGAUGUCUGCAGAGAACAAUAACUGUGGUGUUAUGACUACACCAACUUACGUAACAAUGUAAUUUGAUAAUUAGAGCCCGGUAACAAAUUUAUAACUAAUGAAGUUUUAAAGAAUAGUUUUCGAAAUAAAUGAAUAGUUCCAAAAAUAAA